UCUUCUCGAUCUUAUCCCUCUCCCAAUCCGAGCUUUGUUUGUGACUUUGUGAGGUUUGUUUUUGAGUGUGAGAAUGGCGCAGCUGGUGAAUAAGGCCAAGGACUUUGUGGCAGAGAAGAUAGCUAACGUGAAGAAGCCGGAGGCGAGUGUGGACGACGUCGACUUCAAGCGCGUCACCAGGGAGUGCGUCGAAUACCUGGCCAAGCUCUCCGUCUCCAAUCCUUACGGCACCUCUAUUCCUAUUUGUGAGAUCUCCUACUCGCUCAAGAGCGCUGGAAGGGAGAUAGCGAAGGGAACGAUGCCAGAUCCGGGAUCACUGAAGGGGAACGACACGACAAUACUGGAAGUGCCAGUGAAAGUGGCUUAUAGCAUAUUGAUGAACUUAGCAAAGGACAUAGGGGCCGAUUGGGACAUUGACUAUAAGCUUGAUUUGGGUCUCACCAUUGACCUUCCUGUUAUUGGCAACUUCACCAUUCCUCUCUCUCACACUGGCGAGAUCAAGCUUCCCUCUCUCUCCAAUGUCUUUGCCUAAUCCACUGCUACUCCCUGUUUGGGAUCAUAGUGGGCCCCAUUUGGGACUAUGGGGUCCUCACUUAAGGGCAGCAAGGGUACACACACAUAUAAUACUUUGUCUAAUAAUGAACUUUGCUAUGUGCCUCUUAAACUAGGCAGCAAAAUGCUAUAAAACACACACACACACACCCCGACUUUGUGUUGUAAACUUAGUUAUGUGCCUCUUUUUAUCUAUAGAAUGAUGUUGAAUUUUCGUGCUCUCAUAGCUCCUUUAAUUCUAAA